AUGUUUUUCCCUCCUGUGAGCUUUGGUCUCGUUGAGGAGGGUCUCUACCGGUCCGCAUUACCCAACGAAAUCAACUACCCCUUCCUGGAGCGGCUAGGUCUGAAGACCAUCAUCUACCUAUACCCGGACGACGAUAUCGAUGCACAGCUGGUGAGUUUUUUGGAGGACCAAGACGUGACUCUGGUAUCCCUAGGAGAACACGACGACAAGCGCAACAAGAGUUGGGCACCUGUUGGAGAGGAGAUCGUGUUGGCAGCCCUCGAACGCAUUGUGGACUCUGUUCAUUAUCCAGUUCUUAUAACGUGUAACACUGGCAAGCACAGGACGGGAACGGUGGUGGCGUGCCUUCGGAAACUUCAGCGAUGGAAUUUGACAUCAAUCUUUGAGGAGUACCGUCGGUUCACUAAACACAAGGUCAGAGUUCAGAAUGAACAAUUUAUCGAGCUUUUCGACACGGAUCUGGUGCACCUUCCACCGGAGGCUCCUCGAUUUGUAAAUAGAUGA